AUGUACAUCAUAUGGAGGAGUGAUCACGAUGAUGAGGGUAUUCAACAGAAUAUCAUGCUAUCAGAUUCAGAAUUGAAUAGUUCUCAACAUGUAACAUUGGAAUUAGAUAGUGAUAUUGAUGCUCCAUUCUGCAAAUUUUUGUGGGGUGUUGGAUAA